GCGGAGCUUCACGUGGAGUACUUGACAAUUGGAGCAUCCUGAUUGGCUGACAUGGGCCCUCCCAAUGCUCUUUAAAGCUGCCACUCACCUCCAGGGCUAAAAACGAAGCUCAUCCGUGUUCUGUCAGCACAUCAAGUGUCCAUCGUCUGACUGGCUCUCAUUUUCUUUUCCCGAAGACUAAAUCCUUCCUCACGGCUGUAGACAUGGACCGUAUGGAGCUGAAGAACGUGAGCACGGAGGCGGACGAUGAGAGCAGUGUGGAUGAUCGUUACACGGAGCCCAUCGAUUCGGAGAAAGCCACUAUCAACAGCCAGUUUCUGGAAGAAGACGACGCAGAGAGUCAGAAGUUUCUCACCAAUGGCAUGAUGAAGAAGAAGAAAUAUGAAGAAUAUCAUGAAGAAUAUCACCCGGGUCACGCGUCAUUUGGGAUGUCCGUCUUUAACCUCAGUAACGCCAUCAUGGGCAGUGGAAUUCUGGGACUGUCCUUUGCCAUGGCCAACACUGGCAUCGUACUGUUUAUAAUCCUUUUGCUGGGAGUCGCUAUCCUGUCGCUGUACUCCGUUCACCUGUUACUCGUGACGGCCAAAGAAGGAGGAUCACUGAUCUAUGAGAAGCUUGGAGAAAGAGCGUUUGGAUGGCCAGGAAAAAUGGCAGCAUUUGGAUCUAUAACUCUGCAGAACAUAGGAGCCAUGUCCAGCUACCUGUUCAUAGUCAAAUACGAGCUGCCAGAGGUGAUACGGGCUUUUCUCGGGCUGGAGGAGAGCUCUGGCGAAUGGUACCUGAACGGGAAUUACGUGGUGGUGUUGGUGUCCAUCGGCAUCAUUCUCCCGCUGUCCAUGCUGAAAAACCUCGGGUAUCUUGGAUACACCAGCGGCUUCUCUCUGUCCUGUAUGGUGUUCUUCCUGGGCGUGCUGAUCUAUAAGAAGACGAUCCUCCCCUGCCCUCUUCCGUUCUUCUACCAGCACGAGUCGAACAUGAGUAUAAACGGCUCGGACGCUCUGGGUCUGUACACGCUGCAGAACGCCUCGGCACUGGCGUAUAUCUCUGAAGGGGUGGUGAACGGACCUCAUCUGGACCCUCACGCGGCAGCCCACGACAUCCACAGCGCGGUCGAGUUCACGCCCCACCCCGACGAUCACGAGGACAUGUGCACACCCAAAUACUUUGUGUUCAAUUCACAGACUGCUUACACCGUUCCCAUCCUCGCCUUUGCAUUCGUGUGUCAUCCUGAAGUUCUGCCCAUCUACAGUGAACUCAAAGAUCGCUCUCGGAAGAAGAUGCAGAGGGUGUCAAACCUGUCCAUCUUAGCUAUGCUGGUGAUGUAUCUGCUCUCCGCCCUGUUCGGCUACCUGACGUUUUAUGAUCAUGUCGAGGCAGAGCUGCUUCACACCUUCACGAAGGUCUACAAGUUUGAUACGUGGCUUCUGAUGGUGCGUUUGGCAGUGCUGACGGCAGUAACGCUCACCGUUCCUAUUGUGCUGUUCCCUAUUCGUUCAUCAGUCACCACGCUGUGUUUCGCAGAAAAAGAGUUCAGCUGGAUACGACACUUCCUCAUCGCUGCUGCCAUACUGGCCUUCAACAACCUCCUAGUGAUCUUCGUCCCCACCAUCAGAGACAUCUUUGGCUUCAUCGGUUCAUCUGCGGCCACCAUGCUCAUCUUCAUCCUGCCGGCGGCAUUUUACCUGCGGCUGGUCAAGAGUUUACCAUUCAGAUCUCCUCAGAAAAUAUCUGCAGCCAUUUUCCUGGUGGUUGGCGUCUUCUUCAUGAUCGGCAGUUUGUCUCUCAUCACCUUGGACUGGAUCCACAACCCGCCCGGCUCUAAAGGUGCUCACUAACCCAUCAUCAGUCGCCUGAAGCCGCUUCAUCCCAGAGAUCAUCUCACAACAUGGACCUUCAGUUCUCACUGAACUCUGUGCCUCUGCCUCUCUCUCCCUCUCAGCCCUCGCUUGUUGUUUUAAGUUCUCCUAUGUGUUUUCUCAGCACUCGGAUCGCUGCGUUCGGGAUUCUCAGAUAGAUGUGAAGGUGAAUUCAUGGAGGACAUGGUUAGUCGGUCGGUCAUUGUGACGUGAAUGUGAAAGAUGGAGAGAGAGAGUUGGGCAGCAGGGUUCAUCAUAUAAGCACUUCUGGAUUUUUAUCAAGACAUGCCAGCAAAGUUUUCAUAAUCAUGUUUGACUUCAUUAGCUGACUUUAUUGGUCACUGAUAGUUAGUUUGUUGUGUUUUUUAAAGGAAUAGUUCACUCAAAGAUGAAAUUUCAGUCAUGUUUUUGUGAGGAAAAGCUGACAAAAAAAGACUUGAAGGCAAUUAAAUGAUGAUAAUUUUCAUUUUUGAGUGAACUUUUUGUUAAAUAUUAUCGUUUGAAUCAUAUUUCCUCUUUGAGAGGGGGAAAAGGUCCAAUUAUCAAAUUUUUGUACCAAAAGGUUGCGCGAACAGUCAGUCCACAAAAGCUCUGCUUUUUCCUCUCAAACUGCUGCAUAAAACCAGAUCCUCACAGCUGAACCAGUCAUUGAGAUUUUUGACUCGAUUCUCUUCAUUUAGAGGAUUUUAACGUCUUUAAGCUCAGUGACUAAACUGAAUGUUGGGUCUCAUGAAGAAUUUCUUGCACUCUCGAUCUCCUUACGUGCUUUUUUCCAUCGCUACUACCGUUGAGAUGAUUGAACUGCCGUAUGCCACGCCAAACGGGCAGUGCUGCGUUUUUAUGAGAAGAUUAUGUAGAUGUUUGUGACUCAUUAAUUACAGUUAAGUCACACGCAGGCCCUGACCUGACCUUAAGGGGACCUAUUAUGCUUUUUUACAUGUUCACUUCAUAUUUCUUUAGUGUGUAAUGUUGCUGUUUGAGCAUGAAAACGCCUCCAUUGUAGUCUUGAGUAUUUUUCCGAGAACAAACACAUCAAAAUAUUCCUCAUUUAAAUAAUUUAUAUGCAGAAUAAAGGGGCAGGGCCUUGUUGAGUUAGUUAGUAGAGUGUUGAAACUGCCGGUUAUGGUAAGGGGCGGGACAUUUCCCAAACACGCUUGAAGCGCUCGACCAAUCACAACACACUGCUUCAGCCGACCAAUCAGAGCACAUUGUGCUUUUCAGAAGGAGAGGCUUCAUAGAGACAGGAACUAAACAGAGCGUUACUGAUAGACUAGGAAGAGAGGAGCUGCAACAAUGGAGAAUAUGAGGAAAAUAAUCAACAUUCAAGCAUUAAAACCUGUUCUAGUAGAGCCCAAAAACAACAUCAACACUUAGUAAAAGAGCAUAACAGGUCCUCUUUAAACAGAACGUGAUUCGUGAGCAAAUCAGCUUGUACUGUCAACCCAAGAUUGUGCCUUUGCUAUCUGACUACACUGCCUUGCUGGAGAAAAACAACGAAGUUUACAGAAGCGAGACAGUGGCGUGCUGAAACAGGUUUCUGCGUGCGCUGGUUCAGCCAAAGUGGACAAUAUUUAAAGAUCCUUUGGUGAUCUACUUACUCAUAAAGCAGAUAUUUCAAAUGAAAUGGUAUGAUAUUUUUGCAUGUUUUAAAUCACAAACAUGGUCUUUUUGGACGUUGUAUAUGGUUUGUAAAUAGUAUUUUUUCUUUUGGGUCAUUGAUGGACGCUGGAAGGGACGAAACAUCAGAUGUUCACCAGUAGAGUUUUAGUAUUAUAUUUUAGAUGUUGGUGCCAUCAUGCCUAUUUCUUUUGUAAAUUUGUAGAAAAGCCAUUGUAUUUCUAUUGUUCCUUCUCCAUGGUUUUUAUGACUGAAGAAUGGAGUUGCGUGUUUAUUUUUUUGUAUGUUACUUGAUUAGUUUGCAGCCGAAAUGGUACAGAGAGACUCACAGAUGAAUGUUUGGUCACAUGUAACGUUUGAAAACCAUCAGCAGUAUUUGUCUUCCACUGUUUACCUCUGCAAACCGCAUAUCUGUAUGAGCAAGUUAUAUGUGUUUUAAAGUCGACAUGAAAUUGGUAACACUUUACAAUAAGGUCCUAUUAGUUAAAGUUGACUUUGGAAGUAAAAUGUGUUGCGAAUGCCAUUUCAUGUGGACUUUAAGCGUGUUUACUACAGCUCUGUGCCUGUCGCUUCCUUCAGGGAAAACUGUGACUAUUAAAAUUGUCUUUGAAUGUACGAACUGUAACAGUUUACAUGUAUUUUGGUAAUGUGAAAUUAACUCAGUAUCCCAGUACUUCUCUGGCUGUAGAGAAACAGAGGUGAAACCUCGUCCGCUUACAAACUGCCAUUAUAAUCCACAGCCAAUCGACUGCGACCUCCUGCGGCUCGACCAAUCGUGAGCUGCCACGUCACUGAGGGAUUUUUGUAUCACUGAAGCUGUUUCCAUAUUAUGUAACAUGAAAAAUAAAGAAAUGUGAAACGA